GCGGGCGAUUCCGAUCGCCACCUAUUCGUGGAGACGAUGGCGGAAGCUGCCGAGUCGGCCACCCACCAACUACGGCGGCUAGUCCAAGAGGCACGCAAAGACAAGGGCGGGGUCGCUGCCACCCACAACCAUCUGCAAGGACGUCGACGGAGCGGUGGCCAGGGAAAGCGGCUGCCACUGCAUGCGAAAACCAUUCGCAAGCGCAUGCAGGAGCCGUCGUCGCUUCAACGUCAGAUCAACGACUUCAUCGAGUCCGCGGGGGAAGGUCUCGAAGAUCGCGUGGACGAGUACAUUCGCGCGGGGCUACCGAUCGAUCGAACCCACACGGUACUUGGCUACACGGCUCUGCACGCCGCCGCCAACCAGCCCGACAUCCGAGUGAUGUCGCGGCUGCUUCGCGCGGGGGCCAACGCCAACGUGCCAGCGACGAAUCAAGGGAGUGCGCUGCAUGCUGCCGUCUUGUACAACAAUCCAGCGGGGGUGGAAAAGCUGCUCCAGCACCAGGCCAACCGCCAAGCGCGAGCCCAGGGCGAUAUCGCUCCGUUGGAUGUCGCGGAGGAGUACGGUCGUCGCGCGAUUCACGUCCUUCUCAAAGGUCCUCCUGCCCCGCCUCCACUACCCACAUGCACCCUCGUGGAACCGCACAGCUUGCACCUUUCGUGGGAUGCCAAGUCGACAGCGCGACCGUCGCCCAGCCGCCCGCUUCCGCCGCCACCCACCCAAUUCAAAGUCCUCUGGCGGAUGUGGUGCGCGACGGAGUUUAGCCACGCUAUCAGCGGCGCCUCGACAACAGUGCUCGACGGCUUGCUCCCGGCGACGCUGUACGAAAUCGCCAUCCAGGCAGCGAACGACGCCGGAUGGAGCGACAAGAGCGCGGCGCUCGUCGUCAAAACCGCCGACUCAGUCCCCGCCGCCCCGACCGCGCCCGUCAUCACGGCCGUCUCGGACACAUCGAUCCAAAUGGCCCUGACCUUGCCCGACGCGAACGGCCGUCCGCUCGAGUCGGUGUGCGUCGUGGGUCAAAAGACAGGCUCGAUCGACGUCGCUGACACGAGCGACCUUGUGGCGCUGAUGCAUGUGAAUCCGAACGAGGCGACGUGGGUGGUUGUGUGGGAGGGGGACCCGAUGGCGUUGCCGCAGUCCGACGCGAACGUUCGCGAACUCGUCGCGGCGACGCUCGCCCCUGGCACCGUGUAUUUCUUCCGUUUCAAAGCGCGCAAUGCGUUGGGGUGGUCGGACCUGGGCGAUAUCAGCGACGGCAUCACGACCAACGACGCUCCGAAAUUGGUCCGCAAGACUGGCACGUCCGUCGGCCUCGUCUGGCCCAAGCCGUACUCGACGCACGACAUUGACGUGUACGAGCUCCAGUGCAAAGAGGCCGCGACGUCCGCCUGGUCGACCGUGUCGUCGCGCGUUCGAGGCCACAGCUUUACUGUGACGCAAUUGCAGCCAGCCACGGGCUACAACUUCCGCGUCCGGCCGCAUUAUGCCAGCGGCGAAUCGAGCUGGGAGGACGUGGCCAACUGCGCCGUGAGCCCUAUCUACCACACGAACGGAGCGACGCCCGACGCCCCCACCGACAUCGUGCUGGUCAGCAGAUCCCAGACAAUGCUCGAGCUCAAGUGGAAGAUGCCGCGGUGCAAUGGCCACGUCGUCCUGCACUAUGACCUGCACAAGCAGCGCAUGACUGAAGUCAAGUCGACCGAGUCCGACCUGUCGAAUGCGACGCCGGACCCGACAGCACCAUGGGAGUCGGUGUCGAACGCGAUCGAAGUUGAUUGCGCCAGCUACUGCGUCCACGGUCUCCAGCACGGCACCCCGUAUCGCUUUCGUCUGCGUGCGCGCAAUGCAUUGGGCUGGAGUGACGUCGGCGAUCCAUCCCCAGCGUUCUUCACGCACGCAUUCCUCCCGCCAACUCCACCCGUCGCGACCGCCAAGACCCACUACUCGCUCGACGUUGCCUGGGACGACCAAGUCACGGACGUCAACAGCAACGUGGACCAGAAGGAGUUCUUUGAGCUGCACGUGUGUCGGCUGUGGACGUACUGCCCCCACGACGCGAUCCCGGACACUUGCUUCGACAAGUGGGAACUUGUCCAGGAUCGAUGCCCGACCAGGGCCUGCGUCGUCUCGAACCUGUCCGCCUUGAGUUGGUAUGCCUUCCGCGUUCGUUCGUGGAUACGGCAUCGCGGAUGGACCGAGUUCAGCGACCCGAGCGCCCCCAUCCAGACCCUGCGGCGCAUGUGAGCGGCAAUUGUGUUGGCGCUAACGUAUUUGAUUGGUUGAAUUAUUUGAAUAUAAACCAAUCAAAGGUGGAAUUCUC